AUGGCCAUUACAACCUCCCUGUUAGCCAGCCUGCCGGUCCCCUUCCUUCCCCCACCGGUUGACGAGGCGUCACUACCAUCGGCACAAUCUGCAGACCUGGUACUUGUUCCGGCUUCAGAUUCUGAAUACGUCCAGACCGCUUAUCUAAAUGGCGAAUCAUGGAAGGGGCCUUUGACCAUGGACCAAUACCUCGAACGAGAAGUCGACCUCCAAUCAGUUACCUUGACUAAAGAUGGCCGUAUUACUUGUUGGCUGCUCACCUCUGGUGCCCUUCCAACCAACCCCGACGGGACCCGCCCUAUCCUUGCCUCCUGCGAAUCAAUCCCCAUGUCUGCUUAUAUCGCCCGAGACGGCCGGGUUCAGAAGGUCCAGGUACAUGGCGUGGCUUCUGUUUACACAAGGCCUGAAUAUCGCGGAAAGGGCUACGCCGGGAGAAUGAUGGCCGACUUGGGCAAAAGAUUGGAGUCCUGGCAACAAAUCGACGGGCAGCAGAACUCCUUUUCCGUCCUCUACAGCGAUAUUGGUCAAAAAUUCUAUGCUCAGUUUGGCUGGAACCCACUUGAAAGCACCCAUAUCCAUCUUUCACCAUUGGCUCGCUCUGCCUAUGAAAACAUUGCGGCAUCAUUGCCCGCCGUACAAGAUCUAUCGGCCUCAGGCCUGCAGAACCUACCCACGUCUCGCCAUGUAGAAGACAAGUUGCAGCGCCUAUCCGCAGAAAAGCCUUCAGUGACUUUCACUGCCAUCAGGCCAGAUCUGGAUCACUUCGAGUGGCACCAUGCCCGGGAAGAGUCCCUCAGUAAAAUUCUUGCAUUGGAUCCGCCAAGCAUAAAAGGAGCAAUACACCGGGAUUCGGGACUUGCUGUGAUUUGGUCCCGCAGAUAUGCUUCACAACCUAAGGACUGGCAACUGGCCAUACUGCACACUGUCAUACCCUCCAACAUCGAACCCUCCGAAGAAAAUCAACGUAUAUUCGCCGCUUUACUCUUGAGAUCACAACUCGAAGCUGCGGAUUGUGGCAUGGCUGCCGGUGUUGACAUCUGGGACCCUUCACAUUUGGUCGUCUCUGCAGCCCAGCUCUUGAGGGCCUCUGAGGAGCCUAAAGUGGAGGUCAUCACUCGUGACAAAGAACACAUAUGCAGUCUUCGAUGGCCCACUGCUCAAGAACAUGAUUUUGUCUGGAUUGACAAGCAGGAAUAUGCCUGGUGUUAA